CCGAAGCUCGAGAAUCAUCGUCCAGGCGUUUUCGGCACGAAGCAGUCCCUUGGAAACCACCCUGAAGCCCGUCGUUGCUGCGCCACUUUGUCGGCAUUUCAUCCUUAAAGCUUACGCUCGUUCCGAAACGAAACCUAGGCCUUGUUGAGACCGCAACUCGAACUACUCGGCCACGAAAAAAAUCCGGUGAAGAAACAAGCAGGAUUAGGGACUGUUGAGGCGAGGGACACAAGCAGAGACAUGGACAAUGUGCAAAUGAUCGGCACUAAAAUCACAGCGAUCAAGGAAUACUUAUAUAAUUUUGCACGAACGCAUUCACCCACGAGACUAAUGAGUUCCGAAAAUACCUAUUCGCUCUCCAAGGAGCAUUGCAACUUGAAGUAUUCGGACAUUCUGCCUCAUAAUGUGGAAAGCUAUCCGGCCACUAAAGAGUUUUUGAUGAAGGUAGUGGAUAUUCUACUAGACUUUGUCAAAUCAACAAAUGAUAGGAAUGCGAAAGUUCUCGAUUUUCAUCAUCCUGCCGACAUGAUGCGCCUGCUCGAUCUGGAAAUACCUGAUACCGGAUUGACUCUUCAACAACUCCUACUCGAUUGUUCUACGACUUUAAAGUAUCAAGUGAAAACAGGGCAUCCACAUUUUUUCAAUCAACUGUCAUGCGGCCUCGAUUUAGUAUCUAUGGCCGGUGAAUGGCUAACCGCGACAGCGAACACGAACAUGUUUACCUACGAAAUCGCUCCCGUGUUUAUUCUUAUGGAACAUGUCGUCCUACAAAAAAUGCGAGAGCUUAUAGGCUGGAAUGGCGGUGAUUCUAUUCUCGCUCCAGGAGGCUCUAUUAGCAAUCUUUACGCUUUUCUCGCGGCCAGGCAUAAAAUGUUCCCGUACUAUAAAGAAAAAGGGCUCUCGGCUAUCGGAGGACAGUUGGUUAUGUUUACGUCCGAUCAGUGCCAUUAUUCUGUGAAAUCAUGCGCUUCCGUUUGCGGUCUCGGAACGGAUAACUGUGUGAUGGUGCCUAGCGAUGAGCGUGGUCGCAUUAUUCCAUCGAAGUUGGAGGAAUUAAUUCUGGAGCGUAAGGCCAAAGGUCACAUACCGUUCUUCGUAAAUGCCACUGCGGGAACAACGGUUAUUGGCGCAUUUGAUCCGAUCCCGGAAAUCGCUGAUAUCUGUCAAAAGUACAAGCUCUGGCUGCAUGUCGACGCGGCUUGGGGUGGUGGACUGCUUCUGUCGAGAAAGUAUAGGCAUCCGAGAUUAUCUGGCAUCGAACGAGCCGACUCGGUAACAUGGAAUCCUCAUAAACUUAUGGGAGCAUUGCUUCAAUGUUCAACUAUUCAUUUUAAGGAAGACGGGCUACUGAUCAGCUGUAACCAAAUGUCCGCGGAAUAUCUGUUUAUGACGGACAAACUGUACGACGUGAGGUACGACACUGGCGAUAAGGUCAUUCAAUGCGGACGUCACAAUGAUAUUUUCAAGCUUUGGUUGCAAUGGCGCGCCAAGGGCACAGAAGGUUUCGAGAAACACAUGGAUCGGCUGAUGGAGUUGUCGGAGUACAUGGUUAGAAGAAUUAAACAAAUGUCCGACAAGUAUUAUCUGAUUCUUGAGCCUGAAAUGGUGAAUGUCUGUUUCUGGUACCUACCUACACGCGUGCGAAACAUGCCACAUACCGCAGAAAGAAUAAAAAUUUUGGGCGAGAUUUGUCCAAUCUUGAAAGGUCGCAUGAUGCAAGCUGGCACGCUGAUGGUUGGUUAUCAGCCGGACGAUCGACGGCCCAACUUCUUCAGGAAUAUUAUCUCCAGUGCCGCCGUGACGGAGGCCGACGUCGAUUUCCUGUUAACCGAGAUGGAUCGAUUGGGUCAUGACUUGUAAGAAAUCUGUCCACACAUAAGCAUUAAUUAUAUAAUAUGCAGUGAUUAGACAAUUGACCGUUGGCAAAAUCGUAUUCGCCUCAUGAUUCAUCUGAACGUAUUUUUUUGCAAUGCGUUCAGAAAAGACGGUGUAUGCGAUGAAUUUGAAGCUUAGUUCAAAAAUUAAACUUAUCAAUGUGAAACAUAACAUAUGCGAAGAUAUGUUUGAUUUCAAAUUCGCACAUUUUCGAUUUUAUUCUUGUAAUUUUUUGAGAAUUUAUCAAUUUUUAGCAACGUGAUUCAUUUAUUUCGCUUGAUUAAGAUUUCCAUUGAUUAACACAUUAAUAUUAUUAAUUAUUUAAAUUUUCAAUUGGAGAAAAAAUAAUCUUAUGGAAUUUUUUAUAUAAAUUUUUUCAUCGGGCUCUGUAAUAAUCUGAAUUAAUCGACAGUAUAUCAUAUAUGUAUACAGCCGUUGAUUAACAGAGGAAUAAUUUAAUUUGGCAUGAAUCUUAUCAACGGAAAAAGACGAUAAUUUUGACAUUUGAUGGAGGGUCAAUGUAUAGUUAAAUGCUUCUUUAUUCUGCGGUCAGUUUGCAGCAGCAAUUUAAAUUUCAAAAGAUAUUAGUAGUACAUAAGUUUUCUAGAUUUAAACGAAACACACAGCAUAUCUCCGAGAAACGAAAGGUACAGUUACAGAAUUAAAAAUGCUUCCGGCCGUAAACUAUGCAGAUUCGUUAUUUUUCGCUGCUCGAUGCAUGAUAAUAUUCGUGCGUGUGAUGAAAUUAUCAUUCUCUUAUUAUAUAAUCGAAGCAAUAAUAAUAUAUAUUUGCUUUCCAAAUAAAACACAUUCGGAUAAAAUCUUUUAUCUCGAAUGUGAAUUGCAAAAAUAAUGUUGUUUAGAGAAUUUAUAUUUAACUAAUUAUUUUGAAUAGAUAUAUUAAUUUUAAAUAAAAUAUCUUUAUUCAGUUAAUUUUGAAAGAUUUAUAUAUUACGAAUUACAUAAAU